AUGUCGUCUGCUGGUCUCGCCGACCUCACCGCCGAGGUCGCCAACCUCCGCCAGCAGCUCGAGCUAGCUAAGCACGCCGAGACUCCCAGCGAGGAGAUCUUCGUCGGCGCUUACCUCCUGGAGCGUCUCGCGCAACUUGGCGUCACGUCGCUCUUCGGUGUACCUGGCGACUUCAACCUCGGUUUCCUCGACCUCGUCGAGGACCACGAAAAGAUUGACUGGAUCGGCAACUGUAACGAGCUGAACGCCGCAUACGCGGCCGACGGCUAUGCUCGCGUCAAGGAGCACAGUAUCGGUGCCCUCCUCACCACAUUCGGUGUCGGUGAGCUCAGCGCAGUGAACGGCAUCGCCGGAGCCUUCUCCGAGAUGGUGCCCGUUGUGCACAUUGUCGGUGUCCCCAGCACUGACCAGCAGAAGAACAAGCCGAUGCUUCACCACACUCUCGGCGACGGCCGUUAUACGGCCUAUCUCGAGGCAUACAAACAGUUCACUGUCGCUCAUGCGAGUUUGAACAACGCCAAGGCUGCCCCUGCGGAGAUCGACCGAGUUCUUGAGGAGUGCAUCAUCCAGGGUCGCCCGACAUACAUCAUGCUCCCCACCGAUAUUGCUUACGCGAAAACCUCGUCUUCGCGUCUGAAAGUCCCGCUGAAGACCCUCCCGCCCCCUAACGUGGAGGAAGUCGAGGAGUUUGUGCUUGACGAGAUCGUCAAGCAAGUCCACGCCGUGGAGGACGAGGUCAUCAUCCUCGUCGAUGCCUGCUCUAUCAGGCACCACGUCCGCGAAGAGCUCGCGGAGCUGUUGGAGUCGACCAAGUUCCCCGUGUACUCGGCGCCCAUGGGCAAGACCGCCGUGGCUGAGAGCAGCGCCCGUUACGGUGGUAUCUACGUUGGCACCAUCUCGCGCCCUGAGGUGAAGGAGAAGGUCGAGAAUGCCAAGCUCAUCCUCUCCAUCGGCGGGCUCAAGUCCGACUUCAACACCGGCAACUUCUCCUACCAAAUUCCCACCACCCGCACCAUCGAGCUCCACUCCGACCAUACCAAGAUCCAGUUCGCGACUUACCCGGGUCUCGGCAUGAAGUCGCUCAUCCCGAAACUCACCAAGCGCCUCGCGCGGUUCAAGGAGUCCGCCAAGGAGAUCGCCGUGCCCAAGUUCGAGCUGCCCGUGCCGCAAGAGGCUGACGAUGUCAUCUCCCACGCCUGGUUAUGGCCCACCGUCGGCACCUUCUUCAAGCCCAAGGACGUCAUCGUCGCCGAGACGGGAACGUCCAGCUUCGGUAUCCUCGACGUGCCGCUGCCCGACAACUCCAUCUUCGUCAGCCAGAUCCUGUGGGGAUCUAUCGGUUGGACGGUCGGCAGCACGCUCGGUGCCGCCCUCGCUGCCCGCGAUCUUGGCCUUGGCAGGACGAUCCUGUUUAUUGGUGAUGGUUCAAUGCAACUGACCGUCCAGGAGCUAUCGACGAUGAUCCGCCACAAGCUCAACCCGAUCAUCUUCCUUCUCAACAACAGCGGCUACACCAUCGAGCGAUACCUGCACGGCAAGUACCGCAAAUACAACGACAUCGUCAACUGGAAGUGGACCAAGUUGCUCGACACGCUCGGCGGCGAGGACGGCAAGACGGCCAAGUCGUACACCGUCCACAACAAACAGGAGCUCAACGCGCUCCUCACCAACCCCGAGUUCGCGGCCGCAUCACUGCCCCAGCUGGUGGAGGUGAUGAUGCCGCAGCACGAUGCGCCGCGUGCUCUCAAGGUCCAGGCAGAGCUCAGCGGCAAGACGAACAAAUACGUCGCCGAUGUCGUUGACAAGGUUGCGCCGGCGUCGUAA